AUGGUGAUUGAUCAGAUGAACCCGGUUCUAUACAAAGCAGUGGUGAAAGGCAAUGUUGAAGAUUACCAUAAGGCCUUAGGGCAGAUGCCGGAAGAAGAAGCUUGCCGGCGUCAAGUUACGCCCAAGGGCAAUACUGUACUGCAUGUUGCCGCGAUCCACGGCCACAAACAUUUGGUGGAAGAGAUCCUAAGAGAAGUAGAGGAUAAUGACAAUGACGAUGCAGCCAUCAUGUCCCUGUUGUUUGCCAAGAACAACAGAAAUGAAAGUGCGUUACAUUGUGCAGCAGAGAAGGGCCAUGACGGCAUAAUCUCCGUCAUCUUCAGCGCCAUUAAGAAGCGCGAAGAUGUGGAAUCUGCGGGUGGUCGAGUGAGGGAGAUGAUAGAGAUGACGGAUGAUGUGAAAGACACGGCUUUGCACAAGGCCGUGCGAAUGGGAGGGCAUUUGGAGGUGGUCAAGUUACUGAUUCAAGAGGAUCCGGAAUUUGAGUACCUUGCCAACGAUGAUGGAGAGACGCCGAUUUACAUAGCAGCAGAGUUGCAAUUUCAUGGCUGCUUGGAGGAAAUGCUCAACAAAUGCCAAAAGCCUACCUAUGGUGGACCACUGGGUCGUAAUGCUCUCCAUGCAGCAAUCUUAUCAGGUUUGGACUUUUAUUGGACAAAACCUUUCAUCUCCUUAUUAGACAAAACCUUUCAACCACUACACUAUGCCAUAAAAAUUGAGAAUGAUGAAGCUGUUCGCAUGAUACUUGAGAGAAAAACAUCUGCAGCUUACAUUUGUGCGGGGGGAGACAAAGCUGAGUGGACAACAACAUUCCACAUAGCAGCAAAACAUGGCAAAGUUAAAAUGAUGAAGGAGAUAUCAAAUAGGUGCCCAGAUUGCUGGGAGAUGGUGAAUAGCAAAGGACAAAAUGUAUUGCAUGAAGCAAUACUGAGUAAGCAAGUGAAUGUGAUACGACAUAUAAAACAAAUCUCCGACCAAUUUGAAAACCUUGUGACUCACAAAGAUGAGGAUGGCAAUACACCACUACACCUGCUUGCCGUUAUUGACUGCAGCAUUAUGCACCAAUUUAUAACAAAGCGUCCUAUGCUGAAUUACUUUGCAUUCAAUAAGAAACACCAAACUCUAUUUGACAUAGCGUUUUUGGAACGUAAUAAGUUGGAUAUUGGGUACGAAAAGCUAAUAGAGGGCAAGAGAACACUUCUAAACUGUAGAAAAUUUGCUGACCGCAUGAUACAAAACCCAGAACACCGAGUAAAUAUUCCUACUGAGGAAAACAGACUUGAAGCUAUCAUAGGAAUGGGUAAAUCAAGCAUCGUUGUGGCAACAUUGAUAUUAACAAUGACCUUUGCAACCGGUAUUACAGUGCCAGGAGGAUACCACCAAGAAAAAGGGUACCCAUUAUUGUUACGAAAUGCAGCUUUUAAGGCAUUUAUUACUACUAAUACUCUUUCUUUCAUAUGCUCUUUUUGCUCCAUUGCCGUUCACAUUGCGAUGGUGAGUGAAGCCUCACGUCACUUGAGGAGCUUUGAAACUGUGGCAAGGCUGAACUUUUUGCAGGGUGCUUUGCUUCUUUAUUCAUGUUACGGAGUAGUAAUUGCAUUCCUGUGUGCAAUGUAUGCCACUUUAGCACCUUUACGUCCUCUUGCUAUUGCUGAUUUAAUCUUAGGCUUCUCCAUUGUCAUUAUCGCUUAUUGUGCUUAUCGCUUGUUGUGGUUAUGUGGUAGCCGGCCACCAUAUUGA